AGAAAACGCUAGAGAGAGAGGGGGGGGGGGGGGGGCAACAAACAAGCAUGGCGGCUCCCGCGAUGAAAUCGGUGCAGUGCUUCGGGCGGAAGAAGACGGCGGUGGCGGUGACGUACUGCAAGGAAGGGCGGGGGUUGAUAAAGAUCAACGGGUGCCCAAUCGAGCUGGUGGAGCCGGAGAUCCUGCGGUUCAAGGCCUACGAGCCGAUCCUUCUGCUGGGACGACACCGUUUCGCCGGCGUUGACAUGAGGAUCCGCGUCAAGGGAGGGGGUCACACUUCACAGAUAUACGCGAUCCGUCAGAGCAUCGCCAAGGCCUUGGUGGCUUAUUACCAGAAGUUUGUGGAUGAGGAGAGCAAGAGGGAAAUCAAGGACAUUCUGGUCAGGUACGACCGUACUCUCCUUGUGGCUGAUCCAAGGCGCUGCGAGCCCAAGAAGUUUGGUGGUCGUGGUGCCAGAGCUAGGUUCCAGAAGUCUUACCGUUGAGCAGAGAGCUUUGUAUGUUUUUGCUAUUAAGUGUUUGCUGUAACCUUGUUUCGGAUAUUUAUGCUUAAUGCUACUUUUCAGAAAUGAUCCUUUGAUUGAUUCUUUGCAUAUCCAUUAGCCAAGUUUUUAAGGGAUUUUGUGAGCCUCGUUUGAACUCUGUGCAUUUUUGGAUGGUGUAAUCUUACGCCAACAUGGAUGAGAUCACCAACUCUUUUUUGGCUUGGAACCAAAUACCAUUGCUUGUUUCGGAUUGCUA